GUGUUCAACUGCGGAUUUUCUCUUCCUCAUUUUUUUUUCUUCUUCUUUUCCUUUUUGUAUAUAUAAAAUACAAAAUUGUCAUGAAUAUACCAUCAUUCAAUUUAGACUGGGAGGAACAAGAUCAUAAAGUCAUUACCUCGUUAUAUACACAUGAAAAGGAAAAACCCAAGGAACUACGACACAAAGUAUUCCAGGUGAACGGUACAGAUUGGACAAGUUGGACAAUGCGUGACAGUUUGUAUAAGAAGCACCGAUAUCCAACUCAGGCACGUGGACUCUUUACUUCUCGUCGAUCCAAUGGAAAAUAUACAGUCAAUGUUCGUGGUUACGACAAAUUCUUCAAUAUAAACGAAACAGAUGCAACUCAGUGGCAUGCUUUGGAAAAGGAUACAAAAGGACCAUAUGAAAUCACUGCGAAAGAAAAUGGAUGUAUCAUCUUUAUUGCUGCGAUCUCAAAUACUGAAAUAGUGGCAACUUCGAAACAUAUGAUACCUGAUCCUUUGACAGGUGGAACUAGUCACGGUGGUAUUGGAUACCGAUGGGCCCUGGAACAUCUCGACUCAGUUGGACGUACGCCUGAAGAAUUAGCGGCAUGGCUGUUCAAAUAUCGCGUAACAAUGGUGGCCGAACUAUGUGAUGAUGAAUUCGAAGAACAUAUAGUACCUUAUCGAACCUUGGAGGAACGUGGAUUAUAUUUGCAUGGAAUCAAUUACAAUACGACCACUUUACAUACAUUGCCUAUGCAAACAGUACGGUCAGUGGCACAUUAUUUUGGCUUACGCACUGUAGAUACCAAAAUGAUGGAUGAUUUAGGUUCUGUGAGACAAUUGGCAGAUUCAAUACAACAAAAUACAACUGGUAUUUUUGAUUGGAUGGAUAACAACAAUUCGCGUGAAUCUGAAGGGAUCGUGGUUCGAUGUCAACAACAACAACAUGACUUUUUUUUCAAGGUGAAGAAUGAUACUUAUCUGAUGUACAGAGAGUACAGAGAAGUGACCAAGGCAUUGGUACAAGUCAACGUUGAUCAUCAUUCUACUCUUUCCGUAUCGAUCAAGCAACCCAAAAGCAAUACCAAGAAACCAAAAGUACGAUUUGAAAAAACUCUAUACUAUGUUCAUUGGCUUGAACAACGUGUCAAGGAUCAUCCCGAAUGGUUCAAGGAUUAUUUACAUAACAAAGGAAUUGUGGCUGUACGUCAAGCUUUUGAACAAGAUUGGCAAGAUGGAAAAAUCACGCAUUUGGAUGAUAGAGAUUUGAAUAGAUUAGUGGAAAGAGAUACGAAAUAGUAGGAUUUUUUUUUUUAUGAUGGACGGAGAAUGUAUAAUAAUAUAUCAUAUCAUGUAGAAAAUAAAUUGAUCUCUUUCAUUUUUUUUUUUA